GCAAUUUGCUUCCGCUUCCGGUCCCGGAAUCCCGGCUGGGCCUUGUAGAGCUUUGCAUUGUGGGAACUCCUUCUUUUCUCCCUCCCGGCCAUCUUGGCGGCUGCUGUUGGUUGGGGGCCGUCCCGCAUCUAAGGCAGGAAGAUGGUGGCCGCAAAGAAGACGAAAAAGUCCCUGGAGUCUAUCAACUCUAGGCUCCAACUUGUUAUGAAAAGUGGAAAGUACGUAUUGGGGUACAAGCAGACUCUGAAAAUGAUCAGACAAGGCAAAGCGAAACUGGUCAUCCUCGCCAACAACUGUCCAGCCUUGAGGAAAUCUGAAAUAGAGUACUACGCCAUGUUGGCUAAGACUGGUGUUCAUCACUACAGUGGCAAUAAUAUUGAAUUGGGCACAGCGUGUGGAAAAUAUUACAGAGUAUGCACACUGGCUAUCAUUGAUCCAGGUGAUUCUGAUAUCAUUAGAAGCAUGCCAGAACAGACUGGUGAAAAGUAAAUCAUGCAAUUUUUCUUUAAUAAAAUGGGGCAGAGCUUGUUUUAAAAACUG